AUGACUCCUAAACGUAAUUUGGAUUCCAUCUUGCGCGGUAUACGAGAAAUAAACCAACGUCUCAAUAAUGAUCGGUAUAUUACUGCUAGCACGGGUGCCCUUACUCGGAACUGGCUUCCAAACCUGGACAACAUUAUCCAACUUUUCGCUCAGGUGGAAUAUUCCUUCCACCUGACACAAAUUCUUACCGGUCACGGCUAUCACCGACAAUACUUACAUCGGUUCAAGAUAGCUGAGACCGACAAGUGUAAUUGCGAUCCAAAUGCUGUCCAGGAUAUACUCCAUCUACUCAAAGACUGUCCGCGUUUUAUCCGGCAAAGAGUGCAACAUAUGGCUAUAUGCCAGUACCUUAAAGUAAAACCUUUUGAAAUAUCGGACCUGUUAAAGAGGGAAAGCACCAUCAAAUUAUUCAUAGAACUGUCCUUUUUGCGUCGCGACAACCCACCAGACGCUGUUACUGACGCGUCGGAAUUGAGCGGAAAUAUCCUGAUUAAAUUUUCCGAGCAAUGA